UGCAGUGCACAUUUCAGUUUGUACUCAUGGUGAAGAGAUAUGCUUUACAGAACAGGUGAGCACCGAUUUAAAGGUGCAGUGGUUUAUGAAAGCGCAUGACAUAAAUUAUAGUUACAUUGCAAAAUAAAUGUAAAGUAAAGUCAAGCAGGUAAAGGUGCUCAUGGCGUCUGUACGCGUUGCUGUCCGGGUCCGUCCAUUAAACCAAAGGGAGAAGGACCUGUCAGCCAACGUCAUUAUACAAGUGAAUGAAAAUCAAACCUCUAUUCUCAACCCCAAGGAGAACAUAUACAGCCUGACUGGAGAAGCGUUUGGUGAGAGAGUGAAGUCUUUCUCAUAUGAUUUUUCCUAUGACUCAAUGAACAGCAGGAGUGUGAAUUUUGUGAACCAGGAGAAGAUAUUCAAAGACCUGGGCACUGAUGUGCUACAAGCCGCUUUUGAGGGCUACAAUGCCUGUGUUUUUGCCUACGGCCAGACGGGCUCAGGAAAGUCCUACACUAUGAUGGGCGACCCGGACGAUUACGGACUGAUUCCACGAAUCUGUGAGGGAUUGUUCCAUCACACAAGUGGAAUGUUACAAAGAGACAAGGCAUCAUUUCACAUGGAGGUCAGCUACUUUGAAAUCUACAAGGAGCGGGUUCGAGAUCUCCUACCCAGCACAGACACACAAGGAUGCGACCUGAGAGUGAGGGAACAUCCCAUAGAUGGACCGUAUGUAGAGGCCCUGUCCAGACACCAGGUGCAGAGUUACACUGAGGUUGACCAGCUGAUGGAGGAGGGCAACAGGAGGCGUGUCACUGCCAGCACGGGCAUGAACCACGUCAGCAGUCGAUCCCACGCCAUCUUCACCAUCCACUUCAUCAAGGCCCUGUUUGACGUAGAAUCACCGAGCGAAACAGUGAGUAAGAUACACCUGGUUGACCUGGCAGGAAGUGAAAGAGCAGAUGCCACACAAGCUACUGGCAGUAGAUUGAAGGAGGGUAUCAACAUCAACAGAUCGCUGGUCACCCUGGGCAUUGUCAUCUCUACUUUAGCUGAUCUUUCUGUUGGUGGUGGAAUGAAAAGGAAACACAGCUUUGUUCCAUAUCGAGAUUCUGUGCUCACCUGGCUGCUUAAGGACAGUCUUGGCGGAAACUCCAAAACCAUCAUGAUAGCCACCAUCUCACCUGCUGAUGUGAACUACAGCGAGACUUUAAACACUCUUCGGUAUGCCAGCCGAGCUAAAAACAUCGUAAACAAGCCCACAGUGAAUGAGGACAGAAGUGUAAAAAUUAUCAGAGAGCUGCAAGCUGAAAUUUCUCGCCUGAAAGCGUUGAUGUCAACAGGAGAGCAGUUCUCAUCCUAUCAGACUGCAUCAUUAGACCCGCCUUCAGGGUCAAGUGUGGAGGAGAAACUUCAUCAAGAUGAAGCUAGAGUGCAGGAGCUGACAAAACAGUGGGCUAGUCGUUGGACCGAAAUCCAAAAUAUUCUUGGGGAAGAUACGGUAGCUCUCAGAAAAGAGGGUAUCGGAGUAGUUAUUGAUUCCCAAAUGCCGUAUUUGAUCUGCAUUGAUGAGGAUCUCCUGAGCACAGGGGUCGUCCUCUAUCACUUAAAGGAGGGCAGAACUUCAGUAGGUGCUGGAGGAACGGAGUCGGAGCAGGAUAUCGUUCUCUAUGGUGAAGCUCUUCAGAGGGAACACUGUGUGUUUGAGAACCAGAGAGGGUCUGUCACACUCCUGCCGCUCCCAGGAGCCAUGUGUGCAAUCAGUGGGGUGGAGGUGACUCAGCCCUGCCUCCUGACCCAGGGAAUGAGCAUUCAACUUGGAAAGACCACCAUGUUUCAUUUCAACCAUCCUCAAGAAGCUGCCCAGCUACGGGAGAAGCGCAAGUCUGGAUUCUUUACAUCGGGUAACUACAUCACGUCCGAGUUCUCAGAGAACUCUUUCAGUCAUUGUAGCUCACAUAAUGUUUUCGUCCAAGCUGAAGAUGACCCAGAAGCUUUAAAAAGCAGCUGCCUGCAGGAUGUCUCUGGAGAGGGUCUGAGGACAUUUUCCGCAUCUCUUGCCUCUUCCGACAUAUUCUGUCCCCAACAUAAGAUAGAUGAUAGUUUCAAUAGAUGGGAACCUUCAACAUCUCUACAUAUUCCUAACACACCCAGGGCACUCGCAGAACACUAUGCCACUAACAAUCAAGAAAGAGGUUCCCAAAGCCCAGGAAAGGAGCUUCAUACAAAUGUCAACUUCCAGGGGGAGAAGCGGCACUCAGCCUCUCAUAAAUCAGAAACUGAAGUUGCGUCAGUGGACGUGACAGAUAAGGAGCUGGAGGGGGAGGAAACGGGGGUGAAUGGAGGUCUCUGGGAUUCCGGUGCACCCAAGGAGUGCAGUAACGGGACCUCUGGGUUCUGCAAUGUCGAGCAGCGGUGUCUUUGGCACCCGGUCACAGGUUCAGAAGGGAGCUUGUUAGCUGAAGAAUCCCAUGCACAGAGUAGACAAUUGUCCACAGGAGGAGGAGCAGCUCUUAUCCCUAGUUUGACUAGCUUGGAGCCCUUUUCUCAAAGACAUAGCCCAUCCAGCACACUUACCAUAGGGGGCCAAUUUAGCGAGCACUUUUUAUCCAGAACAUCGGUUGAGAGCCAAGUAGCCAAAGCCCAUCCGGAGGGAAGAAGGUUCGGCACUAGUCUGGGGAGCUUUGUAGGUAGAGUGUCCUGGAUCUUGGCGGACGCAGGACGUGUGCUCACAAAUUCUUUGAAGGAAACUGGUGGUACAGGAGGAGGCUGGUACAACCAAAUGUGCUCACUGGUAAAGGAUCUACCCAUUGUACAAAACAUCCAGUUUGAAUUGACUCUAAGACAACAAGCAAACUCUGAGGCAACCCAGUUUCAGUUCAGUCCGUCCCUUGAGACUCAUAGGAAACAAAAUGUAGUCUUGCCUUUCAAACAAGAUGUGUCAAUAUUCAAUACAGAUACAAUGAAAAGCUCUCUUAAAGCGACUCAGACAAACGGUUCAGUGACCAUCCAAAAAAGUGAGGGACUAAAGCUGUGUUGCCAAAGGCUCCAACCAGUUCCUGAAUCACUGCUCCUUCUCCAGAACCUUCCACCUCAGCAGCUUCUCUCCUGCCUACACAGUGUCAUUCCCGCUGACCUCCUCAUGAAAGAGACGGUGUUAGCUUUAUAUUGGCUCAGUGUUGGCGGUUGCUCUCAACCUGACCCACAGCCUGCUGUUAUUGUCCUCCUCCAGACUCAGCUUUUGGUUAUAAGUUUUAACUCGUUGCCCGAUAUGUCCAGUUCCACACAUUCUUUAGAUAGUUUUCUACAGUUAGCCUUUCAGCAACUGUUGGAGAUUCAUAUAGGUUUUGCUGGACAAACUGUAAGACUGACCGGUAAAACUGAGAGCAGUAUACUCACCUUGUAUACCUAUAAUGCAGACUUGACCCAAGAACUCUGCCGAACCCUACUCGAGGCCGUUUGUCCGUUUGAGAAAGUUGCACUAGACCAUCCACUCCUGUCAAAUGACAUAGUACGCUUGUCCUUUGACUGGGACUGCCAUAUUAAGGAUUUGCUCCUACCCUCUGGUGCAUGUCUUACGUGCCGUUUCCAUAAAACCCUGGCCAGGUUGGUGUUUCUCUUACAUGGUAACAUGAAGGGCAAGCGUCCAGCGCUUGCACAUGUGCAGUUGCUUAUCUACACUACAGUCAGAUUUCAGCGAUCCAGUCAGGAGUGGCACGCUCAGCCCACGAGUCUCGAUUACCAGAUGGAGCCUGAAGGCUCUGAACUUGUUCAGCUUGUGUUAACAGACACCCACCUCUGUCUCUUACAUGAGGAUGCCGUUUACCACCCACCUCCCCGAUCGGUAGCUGUGGUGGCACGUCAAGCCCAGUUCAGGCUAAUAGACCUGCGGCAGCGCUCCGAUGUACGUUGUGUGCUGGUCAGAGAUGGAUACGGUAGCACGUGUCUCGAAGUUGUUUUGGUCCGUGAGUGGCGGAGAUCAGGUGGUACAGGGGGUCACCCUCAACCUCCAGAGGCCUGCGGUGCUGAUGAGGCAGCUGCCCUGUCACCCUGCACCUCAGAUUCAUCUCCCCGGAAUGAGGUGUGGAAAUUAACUUUCAGCACCUCCGCCGAGGCCACCUUCCUGAUUAAUAACUUGUCAAACGUUUGAUCAAGGGCCUUCCAACAAAAUAAUUAACAGCUCAGCGAGGAGAAUUCGACAGCAGCCUGCGAAAAGGGCUGAGUGCACCAAAAACAUGACAUCAGGAUUGAAGGAAUGAAGGAGUUUUUAAUUGUUUUUUUGUUUGCGUUUCAGUUUGUGACUCUAUUUGUACCAAUUUAUUUUAAGACAGGAAUACGUGAUGUUUAAAUUUGAUUAUAAAUACAUGCAUCAUAAAAAUUUAUGCAUUUCCUAUGAUUUUAUUUUGUAAAGCGACCAUGUUAAUAUUAGUAAUUGUAGUUAACUGGCAAAUAAUAUAGGGGAAAAAAAUAUAUAUAAAAAAAGUGCAUAAAGACAAUAAAUGAAAAGCACUUGGGUUUACUUUUUGAGUUCAUUCCAUUUGUUUUCUGUUAUUUCAAGAAUAGUAUGACAUGUUUAUUCUAAUAUGUCACCAAUAUGUUGUCAUGUUGCAUUUUUUUUGUGUAUGUUGAUAUGUAUGGUAUAUUUAUAAAUCUAUUCUAUUUUGUUAAUUUUCACAUGCGUUUUCACUUAUCAUUCCUUUCAUAUCUGCUCAUAGCUUUGCCAUGCAAAAUAUGCAUGUUGAAUUUUGGCAGCAGCCGGCAGUUAUUUGUAUGCAUAUCUUGAGCUCAUCAUAUUGUGGAAGAUACUGGGGUCAAGGUGAUGCUUUCUGCUGGGUCACUAAGGUUCCCAUUGCUAGCUAAUAUGCUGCAUGACCCCUUCUGUUUCAGACCCUGCUGUGUAAAAUAUUAGUUAUGGUUUACAUGUACUUCCUCUUUUGCCAGUCAUGUUCCCUGCUGUAGACGUCAGGCCACUAAGAGGGAGAAAUUGGAAAACAUCUUCCUGCCUUUUCUAAAGAGAAUACUGCUAUACUGAUGUGGGAAAUUACGGGAGUUUGUUCAGUGCAAUCAGCUAGUGCUUUUCAAUGACAGAAUGUCAGCGAGAAGGGACACUGUUCCUUUUAAUACAAGUUGAAAGUACAUCAUGUACCUUUUUAGAAAUCAGUGCUUUUCACCUUGUGUAGGUUUGAAAUACAGUGUGAGAGAAAUGCUGCCAGAAAUACAGCCAGACAUUCCCCCAAAAGUGAUCUUAUUCAGCCUCUUAUAGCUAACGAUAGAAUCUCAUCCCUUUCAUCAUGCU